AUGAUUCCCCCGGACUCGAUUUUCAAGCUCCUUGCAGCUCACCACCCCACUGGUGAAUUGGGUCACCAGCAUCCAUUGCACGUGAACCAGCCCGGAAAUCCCACCCCCUGCCGUGAACCCUUCCCCGCCUGGAGUGCCAUCGACGACGUGAAGAAGACCGCGGUCCAUGAAUAUGAGAUCGCUAGUCAAAAGGCGCAGAACAAGGCCGGAAAAAUCGAGCUUUGGACGCCCAAGUAUUACGCCGCCUGUACUUUUGGUGGACUUCUCGCUUGUGGUCUUACCCACACGGCUGUUACGCCCUUGGAUCUGAUCAAAUGUCGCCGCCAAGUUGAUCCUAAGCUCUAUAAGAGCAAUAUACAGGCAUAUCGCACGAUCCGAGCGGCCGAGGGUCUACGUGGUGUGAUCACCGGUUGGGGUCCUACGUUCUUUGGCUACAGUGCCCAAGGUGCUUUCAAGUAUGGUGGAUACGAGUACUUCAAGAAGUUCUACAGUGAUCUUGUCGGUCAAGAGCGUGCCAGCAAAUACAAAACCUCAAUCUACCUUGUCGCUAGUGCCUCGGCCGAGGUCAUCGCCGAUAUAGCGCUUUGCCCCUUUGAGUCCAUCAAAGUGCGCAUGCAAACCACUAUUCCACCCGAUAUCAAGGGAACCUUCAGCGGUAUCUCCGGCGUGGUGGCAAAGGAGGGAGUAGCCGGGCUGUACAAGGGUCUGUACCCACUCUGGGGUCGGCAGAUUCCGUACACUAUGAUGAAGUUUGCUUCGUUUGAGACUAUUGUGGAGAUGAUCUACCACAAUCUGCCGGGACAAAAGUCCGACUACAACAAGGGGGCCCAGACUGUCGUUGCUUUCAGUGGUGGUUACUUGGCUGGUAUUCUCUGUGCUGUGGUGUCACACCCUGCCGAUGUGAUGGUGAGCAAGUUGAAUGCUAAUCGCCAGGCUGGUGAGGCUUUCGGGGCUGCGAUGAGUCGUAUCUACGGAGACAUUGGUUUCCGAGGAUUGUGGAAUGGUCUGCCCGUCCGUAUCGUUAUGAUCGGUACUUUGACCGGUCUCCAGUGGAUGAUCUACGAUUCAUUCAAGAUCUUCAUGGGUCUUCCGACUACGGGUGGAGGCGUGGAGCAAAAGAAGACCCAGUAA